AUGUCCGCUAACGGGAGGCCAUGGCACUGGCUGAAGGCAUCCAUGGAAGCGCCGGAUGCCUUUAUCAUGGACCCUCACGGCGACUUACGCCUGCGAAUCACCGCCGGCAGCAGCAAUGGCGACGAGAAAGACCACGAUCAAGAGACAACUUCCGAGAACGAAAUCAACACGGACGAUUCGAUUGAAGAGGAUCAUCAGUUCCUCGUCUGCUCCAGGACACUGGCCCGAUCCUCUUCCGUUUUCGACAAGAUGCUUUUCGGUCCCUUCGCCGAGGGACAAUGCGGCAGCGACAGGACAAUCGACCUCGACGACGCCAUUGAGCCCAUGUUUUAUGUGCUCUCCAUUAUGCACUGCCAAUGGGCACGUGUCCCGAGACGCCCUACCUUCGAGGAGCUCUUCGAUCUGUUGGUCUUUACCAACAAGUACGAUAUGACGGGCAUCCUUCGUCCUUGGGUCAACAGGUGGAUGCCUCCAUUCGAAAGGAUCGCUGGAUAUAGCGACAUGUCGAAAAUGGCGUGGAUUGCUUGGGAGAUUGGUGCCGAGAAGAUCUUCGCCAGGGCUAUCAACAAGGCUGUACUUCAGAGUCGUGUGAAUGAAGAAGGCGAGGUGUUGAAUGCCGAUGGCGAGCUGAUGAAGACGAAUGUCCAUGCUGAUUUAGCUGGCAUCAUAGAUCUCAUUGCCCGAGGCAGAAAGGAUAUCGUAUCCCGUGUUCUUGAACCUCUGCAGCAGUACGCCAAGGACAUUUUGGAAAUGGGGGCAUGCUCCGUCAUCACCGGUGACCCCGAAGAAGCCGACAAGUGCGACACCACCAUGAUGGGCUCCAUGGUUAUUGGUCUCAGCACAGCGGGAAUCGGUGCUGGCCCACUGGUCUCGGGGCGAGAUCUUGUCUACUUAGGAAAUGCUCGUGAACUGCUCAAUGCGCUCGGCGAAAUGUACAAUCCAACCUACAGUUUUCAUCCGUGCGAUCCGAUUGGAGAUGCUCGUGCCCUGGCAUACAACAUUGUCAACGUCGAUCUAAUGCCCUCGCCGGUAACUAAGAACCAGCGGGAGCGUCUUGAAAAGCGGGCCAGAAUCAGUGGUUGGACGCGCGAGGACUGA